UAUAUCAAAUAAAUGUAAAUAAUAAUACUUCAUCGAGAUCGUUGUUUGUUUCUAAUUUUACUUUUCACUUCAUUUUUGUUUAAUUAAUCAAUGAAACAAGCAAAUAAAUUAUAAUAAACUAGACUUCAUUUAUAUAUAUAUCUGUUUAUAAAAAUACAAAUUUAUUUUUUAUAUUUGAACGCUCGAAUCUAAAACAGUACGAGAUAGAAACAAGUGUAUAAAAUAAAAUUUAGGUAUAAUUUAUAAAACAAAUAAAGAAAGCAUUAAGUACCUAACUAUGGUAAAGAUUAUUCCUCUUGCUCUAAGUAAACUAAUUAUUCCAAUUCUAUUAGUUAUAUUGUGUAUUAAAUAUCGCGACCGAUUUGAAUUAUUUUUCUAUAACUUCUUUAAAACUGAUGUUAGAGAUAGUAAUUUGUAUUCAGUUGAACAAUUAGCACUAAACAAUGGCAUCGAUGGAAAUAAAAUUUAUUUAUCAAUAUUAGGGUUUGUUUUUGAUGUCACUUCAGGCACAAAACAUUAUGGAAAAGGCGGCCCAUAUCACUAUUUUGCAGGAAAAGAUGGUUCAAGAGCAUUUGUUACUGGAGACUUCCAGGAUGAGAGUUCAAAUAAAGAUCAUAUAUUAGAUUUAACUUGUAAUGAUUUGUUUACUUUAUUGAACUGGAAAGACACAUUAAGAGAAAAAUAUAAUGAAGUGGGUAAACUAGUUGGUAGAUACUAUGAUAUGAAUGGAAAAGAAACAGAAUAUAUGAAAAUGUUCUAUGAGAGAAUAGAACAGUGUAAAGUGGAGAAGGAUUUAGCUAAAAAGGAAGAAUUAAAGUUUCCACCAUGUAAUAUUGAAUGGAAUGCAGAUACAGGAACCAGAGUCUGGUGUACUAAAACAAGUGGGGGAGUAAAAAGAAAUUGGAUUGGAGUGCCCCGUCUGCUUUAUACACCAGGUGAAGAAACUCCUCGCUGCACAUGUGUGAAUCUUGAAAAUAUUGAUAAUUCUGUAACUUUGUUUAAGGAAUAUGACAAUUGUGCUGUUACUUCUACUUCAUGUUUUGUAAAAAGCAAAUAAAUUGUUAUUAUAUGUAGAAUAUAAGCAAAUGUGAUAUAAAAAGACAAUCAUUGAAUAAUGAAUCUCAAGUAUUAAAUACAAUUUUAAGGUUUCAAACCAACAAAAGAGCUCACAUCUAUUUUUUGUUAACAAUUCACGUUUUAUUUAUAUAAAAGAUUAUAUAUGUACAAAAUACAUAACUUUCCAGCACUAGAUUACCCUACCCGCUAAUCAUUUUCUUGCUUAUUGCAUUAGGUUGACUGGAAGAGAUAGAUUAUAGAUAGAUUUCAGAGAUAACUCCAUCCCUGUUAACAAGUUGUUGAACGAAUAGCUAUAUUUUUGCUUUUUACAAAUGCACAUAUAGAUUUACAUUUUAUCAAGAUAGAUAAAGAAUAAUAUAUUUCCAUGACCCACAUACGUAUCACAUAUAUAUUAUUUAGAGAUGCGUUGUAAGAGAUAAAUUGAAGUAUUUGGUGUGUAUUGUUUGUCUACUAGUAUUAGACAGGUGCAAUGUACUCAUAUGUGUGCAAAUUAUUAUAUUCUUUCAAUGCAAUUCCAUCCAGCCAUCUAUCUAUAAUAGCGCUAAGUUUAUCAUACUAACUAAAGUAACAUAUAAAAUCUCGUAUCACGAUGUUUGUUCACGGUAAUAUCUGAAAUAGUUUAACCGAUUUUAAUGAAGUUUUGUAAAUAUAAGGGGUCCAAUAGAUGGCGGUAAGGAACAAAAAAAUUUGCCAGGUCAGUAUGUAGGUACUUGAUGAAUUUUCCCUCUGGAACCCUCGUUAUAUGAGUCCAACUUUCACUUGACUACUUUUAUUUUGUAAGGAGUUAUCAGAUAUAAGUACUUAGUUCUUUUUAUGAAAAAAUAAGAACUAAUUAAUUUGCAUCAUGUUAUGAAUAUUAAGAAUGAUUUAGUAUUAUUAUUUAGGUAUUUAUUAGUUGUAUCUACUUAAUAAAAAUUUAAUAUAAAAUAA